CAUUUCCCGCUUAUGUUGUGGUUCCUCUCUCAUUACCUCAGUUCAGUUCUCUCUCUCUGUUAUUAUCAUCUUCAUCAACAUGAACUCGCCCACAUAUGGAUCCGACCCGGUUUCACCCAACACCACCUUCGUCCAAGCCGAUCCAUCAACGUUCCGAGCGGUGGUUCAAAAGCUAACCGGAGCUCCAGACGACCCAUCGGCUCAAAAACUCCCACUCAGCCUCCCUUCCCGUUUCACCAACCCCAAACCCGCAGUCCCGUCCGAUAUGGGGCCCCGAAGACCCGCUUUCAAGCUCCACGAACGGAGACAGACCACUAAGAAGCUAGAGCUCAACCUCACCUCCACCACCACCACCGGCGUUUCGCUUUCACCCUCUUCUUGUUAUACUGGCUCUUUGGGCCGACACAGAAGUGGGGCCCUUUCUGGGCUCGGCGGCGAUCAUAUGGUGAUGGUUUCGCCGGUUUCUCCUUUUGAAUUCUUGGCGCGUGGGAGUCCGAGAACGCCGGUUUCGCCGUCGUGCAUGGAGGAGGAGGAGGAGGAGAGAGCGAUCUCCGGAAAAGGGUUUUAUUUACACCGGAGCCCGUUGAGUACGCCGAGAGGAUCCGACCCCCCUGAGCUCUUGACUUUGUUUCCUCUCUCUUCUCCUAGAGAUAAUCACACUAAUUCAUCUUCUACUUCUUAGUUAGAUUACUCUCUAAACAAUUGUUAAUUUUUUUUAAUUAUCUAUUUUAAUUUAAUUUUAUAAUGUGAAUGAAUUAAUGCCAGUUGGGUUA